AUGGCCUCUUUCCAUCUUGUAGCAAUCAUAAUGGCUUUGAUGGUUUCUUCUUUACAUUCUUUACCGUCUGGUAGGAUGAUAUCAGAGUCCUCUUCCGUUUCUUCUCCACCUGAAUUGCAGCCAAAUCCUCCACUCUCUCCAGACGUUUCUCCUCUUUUGCCUUCUACUGGUGGGGUGGUGCCUCCUCCCACUGGAUCAUCAUUACCAACCAUCCCCUCUGAUUCUACACAGAAUCCUGAUAUGAUGGGCCCUGUUGGCCCGGAUGCUGCCUUCGCGCCAUCAGGGUCGUUGCAGACUUCCUUGACAGAGUCGAGAUUAAUAGUAACUGGGUUGAAACUUGGAAAUUUUAUUGGUUUCUUGGCUUAUUGUCCUUGUGGCUUGGAUACCAUGGUUGCACCAUUUGGGUCUUCUUCGACAGGGUCGAGAAAUCCAGUAAAAGAAUUACUACGUGGAACUUUUGUUGGGUUCUUGGCUUAUUCGUUGGUUCUGUUUUUGGUGAUCUGA